GGAUGUCUAAGCACAUAGACACACUGCUGCUGAAAGGCAAGAAGGAAGAAGAUGAGAAGGUAAGAAGGGUGGGAUCAGGGGAUGGGAGGGAUGAAGCAGAGUGUGUGUGGUGAGAGUUUAUCUGGUGACUGGCCUCAGGGAUUAGGCUGGGCUCAUCCCUCUCUCCUCAUUCCCUCUCACUACUUGUCCCUCUAUUGGGGGAUUUAGACAUGUUUGGGACCAGGUUCAAUGUUGUAGCAUGUGUCAGACAGCUAAAUGGUGUCAGACUGUCUCUGGCCCACUUAGAUCACAGUUGACCAGCUUCUCCUGUUUCCAACCAGAUGAAUGUAGACUUUUCUGACCUUAUGGCAUUGCUGUUGAAAGUUUUAAUGGUGUUUGUUUCUUUGUAUGAAUGAGUGACGGAGUGUGCCAGUGGGGGACGGGGUAGUUCUUUUGUUGGUUUGUGUCAUUGCCAAUCUACAAUUCUAGACUUCUAGCAGUUCUAUAAAUUCCAUUGCUCACACUUCACUGCAUUAUGCAGUUUCUGAUAAGGUUAGUGUAACAAGGAUCUCCCUUCCUCCCCCUUCCCUCUCGCUUCCUUUCUCCCUCACACUCCCGGUCUUUUUCACUCACACACUCUCUCUCCUCCUCUCCUCUCCUCUCCUCUCCUCUCCUGUCCUCUGAGUGUCAAUCAGUCUGAAUGUAUUAAGGAGCCUCCCUGCAGCCAUGCUGCUCCAUGGCCAUCUGCCGAGGCCUCUGUGGCAGAGCGUGGCCCCCAUUCAACCCGAUCUUAUACCCCAGCUGACGGGCCUUCCUCCUCCCACAAACCCCUCAUUGUCAUGCACCCCUCCAGGCCACCACUUGCUCUGGCCCCCUAUAAGCCAGCACUAGCAGUAGCCUCACAAGGAGGGGUCCACAUUAACCAAGACUGCCCUCUGUCUCUCCUCCCAACUUUCCCCUCACUCGUGAGUGGUUGCCUUAGGCGCACAGUAGCCCCUCUGUGCUUUGUUUAGUGACUGUGUGUUUUGGGAGAGGGGGAAGUUGGUGGGUUGUGGUCUGUGGUGUCUCCACAGUUUCACUAACUGAGGUCUUUAUGCAUUUCCGGGAUUGCUGGCAAAUUUCGACCAGGCUUGACUCGAAUUUCCGAGAUUGUGUUCCUCCCUCCCUAUGUGAACGAUAAGAUGUGUGCAUUCUAGAGUGAGUGAAUGUACUGUAUGUGACUGUGUAUACAGCAAGUGGGUAAAGGAAAAAUGUGGGAUUAUUUUUCGAUUGAGUGACUCAUUAGGGCAGAAUGUAUGCGUGUGUGUGUGUGCGUACAGACUUACAUUUGCCCCUGCUCGGUGUAACAUACCAGUGUCUCUUUUCUGUGGCGGUGGUGGGUUAUUGAGGGGGAAGUAGGGCGAGAGGGAGCUGGGACAGGACCAGAAAAUCUGCAUAAAUGAAUCAUAACAGCUCAUGUAUGUCACUGCAAACUGGAUUAGUCAGUCGGUUAUGUAAUGAAUUGAAAUGAAAUAGAACAGCAGGCUGUGAGUGAACAGGGGAUCCAGAGCUCUUGAAUUCCUCCAUCUUCUUGUCCUUUUCACCUGCUGUGGUAUAUACAGUUGAAGUCGGAAGUUUAAAUACACUUAGGUUGGCGUCAUUAAAACUCGUUUUUCAACCACUCCACAAAUGUAUUGUUAACAAACUAUAGUUUUGGCAAGUCGGUUAGGACAUCUACUUUGUGCAUGACACAAGUAAUUUUUCCAACAGUUGUUUACAGACAGAUUAUUUCACUUAUAAUUCACUGUAUCACAUUCCAGUGGGUCAGAAGUUUACAUACACUAAGUUGACUGUGACUUUAAACAGCUUGGAAAAUGCCAGAAAAUGAUGUCAUGGCUUUAGAAGCUUCUGAUAGGCUAAUUGACAUCAUUUGAAUCAAUUGGAGGUGGACCUGUGGAUGUAUUUCAAGGCCUACCUUCAAACUCAGUGCCUCUUUGCUUGACAUCAUGGGAAAAUCAAAAGAUAUCAGCCAAGACCUCAGGAAAAAAAUUGUAGACCUCCACCAGUCUGGUUCAUCCUUGGGAGCAAUUUCCAAACGCCUGAAGGUACCACGUUCAUCUGUACAAACAAUAGUACGCAAGUAUAAACACCAUGGGACCACGCAGCCGUCAUAACGCUCAGGAAGGAGACGCGUUCUGUCUCCUAGAGAUGAAGGUACUUUGGUGCGAAAAGUGUAAAUCAAUCCCAGAACAACAGCAAAGGACCUUGUGAAGAUGCUGGAGGAAACCGGUACAAAAGUAUCUAUAUCCACAGUAAAACGAGUCCUAUAUCGGCAUAACCUGAAAGGCCGCUCAGCAAGGAAGAAGCCACUGCUCCAAAACCCCCAUAAAAAAGCCCGACUACGGUUUGCAACUGCACAUGGGGAUAAAGAUCUUACUUUUUGGAGAAAUGUCCUCUGGUCUGAUGAAACAAAAAUGGAACUGUUUGGCCAUAAUGACCAUCGUAAUGUUUGGAGGAAAAAGGGGGUAACUUGCAAGCUGAAGAACACCAUCCCAACCGUGAAGCACGGGGGUGGCAGCAUCAUGCUGUGGGGGUGUUUGCUGCAGGAGAGACUGGUGCACUUCACAAAAUGGAUGGCAUCAUGAGGAAUGAAAAUGAUGUGGAUAUAUUGAAGCAACAUCUCUAGACAUCAGUCAGGAAGUUAAAGCUUGGUUGCAAAUGGGUCUUCCAAAUGGACAAUGACCCCAAGCAUACUUCCAAAGUUGGGGCAAAAUGGCUUAAGGACAACAAAGUCAAGGUAUUGGAGUGGCCAUCACAAAGCCCUGACCUCAAUCCUAUAGAAAAUGUGUGGGCAGAACUGAAAAAGUGUGUGCGAGCAAGGAGGCCUACAACCUGACUCAGUUACACCAGCUCUGUUAGGAGGAAUGUGCCAAAUUUCACCCAACUUAUUGUGGGAAGCUUGUAGAAGGCUACCUGAAACGUUUGACCCAAGUUAAACAAUUUAAAGGCAAUGCUACCAAAUACUAAUUUAGUGUAUGUAAACUUCUGACCCACUGGGAAUGUAAUGUGAUGAAAGAAAUAAAAGCUUAAAUAAAUCACUACUAUUAUUCUGACAUUUCACAUUCUUAAAAUAAAGUGGUGAUCCUAACUGACCUAAGACAGGGAAUUUUUACUAGGAUUAAGUGUCAGGAAUUGUGAAAAACUAAGUUUAAAUGUAUUUGGCUAAGGUCUAUGUAAACUUCCAACUUCAACUGUGUGUAUAUAUAUAUAUAUUUUUUAAGUCCUCCCUGAUCUUAAACGGCACUGAAACACACAUGCUUUGAGGGAAGUGUUGACCUAGCUCUGACUGUGCUUCUCUCCCUUCAUCCCUCCAUUCACUCUGACUAGUUCUACCUGUUGGCCCAGAUGCCUGAGGGACCAGGACAGAGGCACUGUGUACCGUGUUGCUGGUCACAUUAGGUCUCUUUUCUCUAUUGUCAUUGUCAGCAUAACAUGGCGAGGACACCCUGAUGCAUGGAGUAUUUUGGGAGCAUGUAGGGUAUCAACUGUUAGGAAUGCUCAUUUGACACGUUUUGUAAUCCAUCUAAUGUAGGAAUCCCAGUUGCCAUCAGUGGUGUAAAGUCAACCAGCAAUUACAUUUGGAAUGCUGUAAUCAUGUGUCAUGUGUUUGGAAAAGAUGGACACCCGGGUUUGUUAAACUUUUAUCCUCGGAUAACCUCAGAUUAUUACAUAUCUCAGAUGUUUUAUCAGAAACAACAGCUCCUUGUGCUGUAUUAUCUCUCGAUGCAGAAACAGCUUUUGAUAUCCCUUACUAGAUCUGACUUUGCUGAUGGCUACUUUAUAGAAGAAAAAUGUACUGCUAUGACUGUGAUGUGGUUGUCCCACCUAGCUAUCUUAAAAGGAUCGUACCCUUUUUUUCUUUUUUUUCUUAGCCUAAAAUGACAUAACCAAAAUCUAACUGCUCAGGACCUGAAGCAAGGAUAUGCAUAUUCUUGAUAUUAUUUGAAAGGAAACACUUUGAAGUUUGUGGAAAUGUGAAAUUAAUGUAGGAGAAUAACACAUUAGAUCUGGUAAAAGAUAAUACAAACAAAAAAAAUCUGUUUUAUUUUUUAUUUUAUUUAAUCAUUUUUUAAAUGAAAGAGAAAGGCCAGACAGUGAUGUAGGAAUCUAGGUGUAAUUUAGAUUUUGUCCACAAAAUGGCAUCAUUGUGUGUGCAAAGUUUCAGACUGAUCCAGUGAAGGAUUACAUCACUACACAAUAUUUUGUAUCAAGUCUGCCAGGAGUUUUCCCAAAUGUUCAGAAUUUGUCAAUUUAUACAUUUGCAAGUACAUACAGUGGGGGAAAAAAGUAUUUAGUCAGCCACCAAUUGUGCAAGUUCUCCUACUUAAAAAGAUGAGAGGCCUGUACAUUUCAUCAUAGGAACACGUCACCUAUGACAGACAAAAUGAGAAAAUCCAGAAAAUCACAUUGUAGGAUUUUUAAUGAAUUUAUUUGCAAAUUAUGGUGGAAAAUAAGUAUUUGGUCAAUAACAAAAGUUUCUCAAUACUUUGUUAUAUACCCUUUGUUGGCAAUGACACAGGUCAAACGUUUUCUGUAAGUCUUCACAAGGUUUUCACACACUGUUGCUGGUAUUUUGGCCCAUUCCUCCAUGCAGAUCUCCUCUAGAGCAGUGAUGUUUUGGGGCUGUCGCUGGGCAACACGGACUUUCAACUCCCUCCAAAGAUUUUCUAUGGGGUUGAGAUCUGGAGACUGGCUAGGCCACUCCAGGACCUUGAAAUGCUUCUUACGAAGCCACUCCUUCAUUGCCCGGGCGGUGUGUUUGGGAUCAUUGUCAUGCUGAAAGACCCAGCCACGUUUCAUCUUCAAUGCCCUUGCUGAUGGAAGGAGGUUUUCACUCAAAAUCUCACGAUACAUGGCCCCAUUCAUUCUUUCCUUUACACGGAUCAGUCGUCCUGGUCCCUUUGCAGAAAAACAGCCCCAAAGCAUGAUGUUUCCACCCCCAUGCUUCACAGUAGGUAUAGGCGGCAGGUAGCUUAGUGCUUAAGAGCGUUGUGCCAGUAACCGAAAGGUCGCUGGUUCUAAUCCCCGAGCCGACUAGGUGAAAAAUCUGUCGAUGUGCCCUUGAGCAAGGCACUUAACCCUAAUUGCUCCUGUAAGUCGCUCUGGAUAAGAGCGUCUGCUAAAUGACUAAAAAUGUAAUGUAAAUGUAAAAUGUGUUCUUUGGAUGCAACUCAGCAUUCUUUGUCCUCCAAACACGACGAGUUGAGUUUUUACCAAAAAGUUAUAUUUUGGUUUCAUCUGACCAUAUGACAUUCUCCCAAUCCUCUUCUGGAUCAUCCACAUGCACUCUAGCAAACUUCAGACGGGCCUGGACAUGUACUGGCUUAAGCAGGGGGACACGUCUGUCACUGCAGGAUUUGAGUCCCUGGCGGCGUAGUGUGUUACUGAUGGUAGGCUUUGUUACUUUGGUCCCAGCUCUCUGCAGGUCAUUCACUAGGUCCCCCCGUGUGGUUCUGGGAUUUUUGCUUGUGAUCAUUUCGACCCCACGGGGUGAGAUCUUGCGUGGAGCCCCAGAUCGAGGGAGAUUAUCAGUGGUCUUGUAUGUCUUCCAUUUCCUAAUAAUUGCUCCCACAGUUGAUUUCUUCAAACCAAGCUGCUUACCUAUUGCAGAUUCAGUCUUCCCAGCCUGGUGCAGGUCUACAAUUUUGUUUCUGGUGUCCUUUGACAGCUUUUUGGUCUUGGCCAUAGUGGAGUUUGGAGUGUGACUGUUUGAGGUUGUGGACAGGUGUAUUUUAUACUGAUAACAAGUUCAAACAGGUGCCAUUAAUACAGGUAACGAGUGGAGGACAGAGGAGCCUCUUAAAGAAGAAGUUACAGGUCUGUGAGAGCCAGAAAUCUUGCUUGUUUGUAGGUGACCAAAUACUUAUUUUCCACCAUAAUUUGCAAAUAAAUUCAUUAAAAAUCCUACAAUGUGAUUUUCUGGAAUUUUUUUCUCAAUUUGUCUGUCAUAGUUGACGUGUACCUUUUUAAGUGGGAGAACUUGCACAAUUGGUGGCUGACUAAAUACUUUUUUCCCCCACUGUAUGGCUUUUUCUUUACAACUCUGUCUAGAAGUUCAGCAUCCCGGAGUCGCCUCUUCACUGUUGACAUUGAGACUGGUGUUUUGCGGGUACUAUUUAAUGAAGUUGCCAGUUGAGGACCUGUAAGGCGUCUGUUUCUCAAACUAGACACUCUAAUGUAUUUGUCCUCUUGCUCAGUUGUGCACCUGGGCCUCCCACUCCUCUUUCUAUUCUGGUUAGAGCCAGUUUGUGCUGUUCUGUGAAGGGAGUAGUACACAGCGUUGUACGAGAUCUUCAGCUUCUUGGUAAUUUCUCGCAUGGAAUAGCCUUCAUUUCUCAGAACACGAAUAGACUGACGAGUUUCAGAAGAAAGUUAUUUGUUUCUGGCCAUUUUGAUCCUGUAAUCGAACCCACAAUUGCUGAUGCUCCAGCUACUCAACUAGUCUCAAGAAGGCCAGUUUUAUUGCUCCUUUAAUCAGCACAACAGUUUUCAGCUGUGCUAACAUAAUUGCAAAAGGGUAUUCUAAUGAUCAAUUAGACUUUUAAAAUGAUAAACUUGGAUUAGGAAACACAACGUGCCAUUGGAACACAGGACUGAUGGUUGCUGAUAAUGGGCCUCUGUACCUAUGUAGAUAUUCCAUUAAAAAUCUGCAGUUUCCAGCUACAAUAGCCAUUUACAACAUGAACAAUGUCUACACUGUAUUUCUGAUCAAUUUGAUAUUAUUUUAAUGGACAAAAAAAUUGCUUUUCUUUCGAAAACAAGGACAUUUCUAAGUGACCCCAAACUUUUGAACAGUAGUGUAAUUGAAUUUGAUCAACCCUUUAACUAGAACAGAAUAUGGGAAAAUAUAACCUUGGCAUCCCGUAAUCCGAACCAUCAAUUUAUAAAUUUUAAGUCUGUUCACAGAUUGUAUUUAGUGCCAAGGAAAUGUUUUUACUAUGAAAUUGGCACCAACUGUUCGCUGUGUCCCCUAAAUCAGGUAGGCACAUUCCUUCAUAUGAUGUGGAAGUGCCCUACAGUUAAAUGCUUCUGGGGUAUUCGAAGUGCUUGAUUUUAAAUAUUCAAUGUAAGGGGAGACUCAAGGGAUGGAUAGGUGGGAGGGGGACUGAUAAGCAACCUCCGUUGCUAAGUGUUAUGGGAAGCAUGCUAGCAGAUACCUAUAAACUUCCAGUCAUUGCGCUAAAGCAAGUUAGCAUUAGCUCGCGAAACUACCUCUAACUUCCUUCCUUCAUACUGGACACAGAAGCAUAUAAAUGGUAUCCAUGAGUUCAUCUGACUCUGGGGAAGUAGAUACAUGGCCUCAUUGUGAAAAUCCUGAAGUAUCCCUUUUUAAAUAUGCUUUUUGUCACUGUUGAGUGGUAGUUCAGUAGCCAUAGUGACUGAUGGCCUCAACCCGUCCUCUCUCUCCUCUCCCAGCUCAGCAGCAUCAGCAAAGCCAUCAACUCCAACGAGGCGCCUGUGAAAGAGAAACAUGCACGCCGUAUCCUUCAAUAUAACCCCAAACUGGGAACAGUAAACCUUUUUGCUAUUAUGUGCUCCAAACUUUGUAUGCCUGAUAACCCACUGUGCCGAACAACUGGGCUGUUUUUAACCACUGGGGAGUUAUGCUGUAGAACCCCAACCCUGUUUGAUAUACAAUGUAAUCAUGUGGUGUUCUGUAAAGGUAAUUUGGUUUUUAGAGCUGACAUUUGCCAUCAUGUAGGCUAUACAUCCAUCCUAGGAUAAAAAUAAUGUAGUUUAAGACAACGAAAUAAUGCCAUGCGGAGCGUUUGAAAAUAAACACAUUCAUUGGACCAGUGCUGUUGCUGAUUCUACAGGAUUAGCAGUGAAAAUGUGACUAGCGGUCGGAAAAUCAAUUAAUAAAGUGGCUGUAGAUCAUUUGAAUAAAGUUUAAAUGAAUAGAAUGACAGUAAAACAGUUUUUCUGUUGUAGUUAGCUGAAAUUCACUACGAUUGUAUUUAUUUUCCACUUUGAUGGCGAAGUUUCUGUACUGCUACCAUUCAUUCUGUCAUUUUCGCUCUGGUGCUGGUUCAGUGAAUUCGUUUAUUUUCGAACGCUUCUGCAUGGAAUUAUUACAUAAGGGAUAAUCAAUGAGGGGCUAUGUGUUCUAUGGACAAUAAUGAACGACGUGGAAGGUGUGUUCCACAACGCGCUAGCGGAGUGGAACUAACCUCCCACGGAGUUGCAUUAUUUUCCAGAGAACGCAUAGAGUCCUGAGUAUAUAGCCAUUGAAUUUUACCAUGCUGAUAUACUGUGCGCUAUAGGGAAAUAAUGCACGCUCUAGAAUGCCGUUCAAGCCAAUCAGAAAUUAGUAUUCAACAAUGCCAUUUUAUAAUUAAGCAAUAAGGCACGAGGGGGUGUGGUAUAUGGCAACAUACCACGUCUAAGGACUGUUCUUAUGCACGACGCAUCGCGGAGUGCCUGGACACAGCCCUUAGCCGUGGGAUAUUGGCCAUAUACCACAAACCCAGAGGUGCCUUAUUGCUAUUAUAAACUGGUUACCAACGUAAUUAGAGCAGUAAAAAUAAAUGUUUUGACAUACCCGUGGUAUUUGGUCAGAUAUACCACGGCUGUCAGCCAAUCAGCAUUCAGGGCUCGAACCGCCCAUUUUAUAAGUUGUCUUAACCUUUGUUAUCUUCAACUUAGAAUUCACCCAGGAUAUUUUACUGCUAAAUGUAUCUAUGGCAACAAUGCUUAUUAUCAAAGUUUAUUGGUCACGUGCAAACGGUACAGUGAAAUGCUUACUUGCUAACUCGCAACAAUGUACAAUGUAUUUUAUGCUCCUGUGAUGAUUUAGUGUUAAGUAUACAUUAAUCUCUUAAACUGUGUUUUGUUUUAGGUAAUGUAGUAAGAUAGAGGUGUUGAAAUUGUGUGAUUUUUAUUACGGUCUCCAUCGCACAUGAGAGGAAGAGAAAGUAAAAGAAUAUGUGAGGGACCGAGUGAAGGUAUUGUUUUGGCUUUGUAUUUUGCUGGUCUUCCUUGACGGCCCCUACAGGGAUAAUUCUGGGGACCCACAGGGAAAAGGGGGCCUUUACCUUCUGGUCCUACGCCUUGGGCCUCCCUUUGUCCAGAAACUCCAUCCUCAGCUGGAAGUUCUGCCAUGUGCUUCACAAAGUGCUGCGGGACGGCCACCAUAACGUAAAACAUGCUCUCCGCUCUAUACACUCUACUCUGUAUUAGGGUUUUUAUUUCCACAUAAUCAAAUACAUACAAUAAAAAAAUGUAGAGAGAGAAAAGGAACAUACAGUGGGGAGAACAAGUAUUUGAUACACUGCCGAUUUUGCAGGUUUUCCUACUUACAAAGCAUGUAGAGGUCUGUAAUUUUUAUCAUAGGUACACUAUUGUAUGAUUUUUAAGUAAUUAAUUUGCAUUUUAUUGCAUGACAUAAGUAUUUGAUACAUCAGAAAAGCAGAACUUAAUAUUUGGUACAGAAACCUUUGUUUGCAAUUACAGAGAUCAUACGUUUCCUGUAGGUCUUGACCAGGUUUGCACACACUGCAGAAGGGAUUUUGGCCCACUCCAUACAGACCUUCUCCAGAUCCUUCAGGUUUCGGGGCUGUUGCUGGGCAAUACGGACUUUCAGCUCCCUCCAAAGAUUUUCUAUUGGGUUCAGGUCUGGAGACUGGCUAGGCCACUCCAGGACCUUGAGAUGCUUCUUACAGAGCCACUCCUUAAGUUGCCCUGGCUGUGUGUUUCGGGUCGUUGUCAUGCUGGAAGACCCAGCCACGACCCAUCUUCAAUGCUCUUACUGAGGGAAGGAGGUUGUUGGCCAAGAUCUCGCGAUACAUGGCCCCAUCCAUCCUCCCCUCAAUACGGUGCAGUCGUCUUGUCCCCUUUGCAGAAAAGCAUCCCAAAAGAAUGAUGUUUCCACCUCCAUGCUUCACGGUUGGGAUGGUGUUCUUGGGGUUGUACUCAUCCUUCUUCCUCCAAACACGGCGAGUGGAGUUUAGACCAAAAAGCUCUAUUUUUGUCUUAUCAGACCACAUGACCUUCUCCCAUUCCUCCUCUGGAUCAUCCAGAUGGUCAUUGGUAAACUUCAGACGGGCCUGGACAUGCGCUGGCUUGAGCAGAGGGACCUUGCAUGCGCUGCAGGAUUUUAAUCCAUGACGGCGUAGUGUGUUACUAAUGGUUUUCUUUGAGACUGUGGUCCCAGCUCUCUUCAGGUCAUUGACCAGGUCCUGCCGUGUAGUUCUGGGCUGAUCCCUCACCUUCCUCAUGAUCAUUGAUACCCCACGAGGUGAGAUCUUGCAUGGCGCCCCAGACCGAGGGUGAUUGACCGUCAUCUUGAACUUCUUCCAUUUUCUAAUAAUUGCGCCAACAGUUGUUGCCUUCUCACCAAGCUGAUUGCCUAUUGUCCUGUAGCCCAUCCCAGCCUUGUGCAGGUCUACAAUUUUAUCCCUGAUGUCCUUACACAGCUCUCUGGUCUUGGCCAUUGUGGAGAGGUUGGAGUCUGUUUUGAUUGAGUGUGUGGACAGGUGUCUUUUAUACAGGUAACGAGUUCAAACAGGUGCAGUUAAUACAGGUAAUGAGUGGAGAACAGGAGGGCUUCUUAAAGAAAAACUAACAGGUCUGUGAGAGCCGGAAUUCUUACUGGUUGGUAGGUGAUCAAAUACUUAUGUUAUGCAAUAAAAUGCAAAUUAAUUACUUAAAAAUCAUACAAUGUGAUUUUCUGGAUUUUUGUUUUAGAUUCCGUCUCUCACAGUUGAAGUGUACCUAUGAUAAAAAUUACAAACCUCUACAUGCUUUGUAAGUAGGAAAACCUGCAAAAUCGGCAGUGUAUCAAAUACUUGUUCUCCCCACUGUACAUGUGCAGGUGGAAAAAACAGGCCUUAGAUUAAAUUCCUGCCUAAUUGGUAGCCUACAUAAAAAAUAACGCAGUAUUGCUUUGAGCAGAGCUCUCAAACUCAUACAGACUGUGUAUUAAUUAAGCAUUCUGUUUUUUAUGCUGACCUCCGUGGCCUUAAUUAGUCCAGUUGUAUUAUCUUCUAUAAUUGCUUAUUUGAACAUUAUUGAGUUUCAGUACUAUUAUUGAAUUGACAUUAUCACUCCCCCUUUUUCCCUCCAGAGCCUUCAGGACUGCAUGAGACAUCACAGUAGCAUAGUUGAGAUGGGGCAACUAUGGGUGAGUCUGGCAAUUGUGCUGUGCUAUGUUUUUGUCGAGGGGUGCUUGAAUAGGUUGAUGACAUUUUGGGCGAAGAAAUUGAAUGUCAGAUUACUUAAAAUGGGGAAACUUCCCUUGCUUUAAUUUUUAAGUUUAGUUAAAAAUGCAGAUGUUUUGAAAACCUAUUUUCAAACAUCUUCUUUUCCCCCUCAUACAGUAAUUGUACUUCCUGUGCAGCCAGAGUUAAUCUCUGUCUGCUGCAGUUAGAGAUUCUCCAGUACUUUUGUAUACUUUUUAGCCAGUAGUUCUGAAAGUAGCACCCACGAGCCAAAAGUGGUCCCCGAGAUUUGCGUACUAAAUCACAUAUGUGCAGAUAUGUGCACCAUGUCAUUGCUCUCUCGCUCUGCUGUGUGGUUCUUGCUGGCUGUCACUCAAAUGGCGAGGGGCUGAAUCUCAUUGGCUUGAACCCCAAUUGUUAGGGGCUGGCCCACGUGGGGGGAAAUGUAGGGAAAAUGGCAUAGCCCAGCUUCCAGAAAACAGUUGCUUUCAAACUAGGGAUUUCAUGGCUAAUUGAGGCAGUAUUUAAGACAGUAAUUCUGUUAAUAGAUUAUGCAUGUAUGAACUACACAUUGACACAUCCAGCCCAAAGUGUGAGAUUUAAAAAAUACUUACUAGUCGCCAAAGUACCGGAGAAUGUUUUUAAGAGAGGAGUGGGUAGAAAGGAAAGGCUUUUUCUUGCCAUCUUCAAAUAAAGCCAAGCUUAAUGUUUGUUGCAGCAAAGAGUAAUGCUUGUUGCUUGCUCCUAUUUUUUCCAGGGCAACCUUCAUGACAAAUAUGGACAGCUGGUGGCUCUGUACUCUAAGCUCCUCUGCACAAAGAUGGAGUUUCACAUGAAGGUAAGAGCACCCUCUACAGUGUUGGGGGACGGCAUGUUUUACCGUGAUGGGAUAUUGGCUAAUCUUACCAUUUUAUGCAUUGGAUUGCGACAAGUGCUUUCACAAAAUGCCACCUAGUUGAACAAACAAUGUAUGUCAUUUGAAUUGAUAUGAUUAGAUAUGAGAUCAUUAGAUAUUUCUAAUGUUGUCCCAUCCUUGAAAAAUAUUGUUCAAGAAUUGUUGGCUCACUUUUGCCAUCCUUUUGUCUUCCAUGCAGCAUUCUGAAAUCCGAUCCAACCUAGAGGUGACAGAUGAGGUUCUGGAGCGUGUUGCAGGAACAGACGUCAAUAAUGUGUGAGUGUGUUCUCCUCCCUCUCCAGUCUCCACACAUCCCUGGCACUCUUGACUGUGCACUCCCUCUCCUGUAAUUGAGUUAUCAGAAUAUCAUACAGAGACAUCACACAAAUGCAUAUACAUUUGAUUGGCAUAACUCAAGGGAAGUCAAUUAUUGAUAUAAAAUACAAAUGUCAUGCUCUCUGAUUCAAAGGACGCUAUCAUACCAUUUAGUUGGAGAACUGUGGGGACUGGGGAGCGAGCCUGCUGCUCUUUCCUUUCUUAAGGAAGCCAUUAGCAUUGUGUUACUAAGGGCGGUAUCGACUUCCCUCCUGUAGGUUCCAGCUCACUGUGAAAGUGUUUGAUUACCUGGAUGCAGAGUUGAGGCUAGCUGAGACAGGUGAGAAUCCCCCGCUUCUCUCCUACUUACCUACCUACCUCCACCUCUCAAAGGAUGGGUAACCUGAGCUACAGGGCAGUGGUCUGUUUCCAUCAACUGUUUGUGUUUCGGAAAUGGAAUAGGGACUGGAUAGCAGCCAGUUAAAUAUAGACUUGUGAGCACACACUUGUGCUGCUGUUGAGGGAGUGACUUAAUCGCCCAAAAUGACUACACUUUAUCAAGGGAUGUUUACCUUGUGUAAAUUAAACACAUUUCUAAACCACCUGUUUAAUAUGAUUAGGGCCCUCAUAUGUCAUUUCACCAAAUCCAUAUGAAUAGGUUCUAAAUGUUUGCAAUUAGAGGACAUUCAUUGUGUUUCUUCUGAUUGGCAGUAAUGGCAUCAUGCCCUGUAGGAUGUUGUCACAGCCUGUCAUCCUGAACAACCAUAAACAAACCCUGCAACUGUAAACAACCCUGCCUGCCUGCCUGACUUACUAACUGGGCAUCUUGCAUCUUGUACUCGGGAAACAUGGGAGCUCCUAACUGCCUUCUUCUUUCUACCCACACUAGUGCUAGAUCUGCUGAGAACUGUUUUCCACCCACUCAUAGUGGGUGAUUCAUGAAUGUGUGAGCCAUUGUCUCAGUGUUGUAUUUCUGAACCAGUGACAGAGAAAGGUGUUUCACCCAGGCAAGCUAUCGAUACCAAAUCCUGCCAAUUGAGGCCAUGUGUUUCUUUAUUGUGUGGAUGUGUUAUGUUCGUUUUUUCUACAUUGGUGUGUUUCUGUGAUCUGCAGUGAUCCGGCAGCUCAACACGUCCAUUGCCAUCUCUACCACAACGUCAGGCCAGUGUCGUCUGUCCCCCCUCAUCCAGGUCAUCCAGGACUGCAGUCACCUCUACCACUUCACCGUCAAGCUGCUUUUCAAGCUGCAUGCCUGUACGUUGGACCUCUUAUGCAUCUUUAAAGUGGAACUGACAGCAUUUUAGCAACAUUUAAAUCUUAUUAAAAUCUGUUGAUAAUCACCCCCAGGAAGAAUAACACCUUUUUUAGUUUUUUUUUUUACAUUUUUUGACAAGCGAGCACUUAGAUAUGGUCAUUUUCACGUUUUCAUAAAUUCAUAGAAUGUUUGGGAAUGUCGUAUUGUAAGGCAUUAUUGACAAUUCUAUAGCAAUAUAGAGUGGGAAAGUGGCUGUGCGUUUGGACAAUUAAUAGACACUGCAGUAAAUAAAACCAAAUAAAAACAUCUGUCCUGUCCAUGACCCGAGUCUAAGCAGACCAGUGCGCCAUAGCAAAUCCGAGCUACAGUAGGCCUAUAUGCAAAUAAUCAAUUUGCCACACAGGCCUGCCAUAAUUCACUUUGACCUGGACCUUGUGUUUACAGGCAGUAGCAACAGCAUGACAUUAGAUCAUUAGAACGAACGCAUUUGCCAAAAGCCAUAAAAUACACCUGAAUGGAUUUCUGCAAAUAUGUAAAUACCACGGGAGUCCUCUGACAUUUGGGAACAUCACAAUCCUAUCGAUGAAACAACCAUGCAAAGGUAGGCUCUCUCUCCCUCAGUUGCCCAUGCACAUCAAAAACAACUAGAUCAACAACUAAUGCUAGCCAGAGUGAGAUGAGCUAAAAUCUAAUGAGGGAACAUUAGAUAAACUCUCAAACUUUUUCAUCUAGUUGGCUGUCAAAAUUGCACUGAUAAACGCUGGGGAACAGUAGCUUGCUCGUCCUUCUGCAGCUUGCCUGCCAAUGCAUUCUUGUCCCAACCAGGGGUGAAAGUACAUUACAUUUCUUACCCGUACCGGACACCCAACUGCGCGCACGCAUUUUUUUUUAAUACUACAAAAUGUACAGGUAGCCUACUCUGCUGACACACGGAUCAAUAAAAACAAUUUCUGAUCCAUAUAAUUGGCCUACGAAAAGGGGAGACACAAAUACAAUAUGACGGCCAUCUAACCUGGAGGAGGAAAUUAUUGUCCAAAAACAAACACAAAGUGGCUAUGACCCAAUGAUAAAGACAGUGAAUAUGCACACUCACCGGGGAAAUGGCCGAUGUUCUCCGCUUGUGCCAAUAAGAAAGGCUACUGUUAGCUCAAUGAAGUAAAGCAUUUUGGUAUCUAAAAUACAGACUGGAGUCAUCUCAUUGUCAUCUCUUUACAGCAAUAGCCAUUUGCUUUCCGAACAGUUUUUCCGCGAUUUGUAUUUUUAAAUAUUGCGAUAUGCCUGGCUGGGUCUCUCUGCUUUACACUGACAGUCGCAACAAAACAAACAUCUGUUUAGUAUUUGCAGCGCGUGCCACCAAAUUGCGGGCCCUUCCGACAGUAGGCUAUGCGAUUUAAAACAAUCCACAGCUUUAAAAAAAAGAAUAUUUAAUUAUCCUCUGUGGCCAAAUCAUGCUUUCUGGUGUAGUAGCCUAUUUUGAAUGAUUUUAUUUAUGUAUAGACAGGAAGGAGUAAGCUAAUUAGGCUAUAUAAUUUUGGCAAUUUAAUUAAAUUAAAUUUACUUUAGAGAAAGCUUAAAUACCCUUAGCCUUAUGGACAUGCCGUCUAUACCUUUUUAAUGUGGCAUAAACACAACCAGUCAUGAUGUUUUCAUCUGAUUGUCAAACAAUCACUUAACAAAGGCACUCCUGUAGGCUACCUGCACACAUUUGUCCACUCACAAAAUAAUUUCAGCAUCCAAACCCCAACAGUGCACUGUGCACCUGAAAUUUGAUGAAUGGAAAGAGACAUCUGUUACAAAACACCUACGUGCAUUGUAAUGACAUUCUGCGAUUGUCAUUAGGCCUUGUCAUUAGGCCUUGUCAUUAGGCCUUGUCAUUAGGCCUUGUCAUUAGGCCUACACUUGUAGCCUGAAUUGGUGUGUCCACUGUUGUCCACGCGCGCCUCGGGUCUCGGCCACUCAUCUCCGCCUUGACAAAAUGUACAGUGCCUUGCAAAAGUAUUCAUCCCCCUUGGCAUUUUUCCUAUUUUGUUGCAUUACAACCUGUCAUUUAAAUGGAUUUAUAUUUGGAUUUCAUGUAAUGGACAUACACAAAAUAGUCCAAAUUGGUGAAGUGAAAUAAAAAAAAUAACUUGUUAAAAAAAAUUCUAAAGAAUAAAUAACGGAAAAGUGGUGCGUGCAUAUGUAUUCACCCCCUUUGCUAUGAAGCCCCUAAAUAAGAUCUGGUGCAACCAAUUACCUUCAGAAGUCACAUAAUUAGUUAAAUAAAGUCCACCUGUGUGCAAGUGUCACAUGAUCUGUCACAUGAUCUCAGUGUAUAUAUACACCUGUUCUGAAAGGCCCCAGAGUCUGCAACACCACUAAGCAAGGGGCACCACCAAGCAAGCGGCACCAUGAAGACCAAGGAGCUCUCCAAACAGGUCAGGGACAAAGUUGUGGAGAAGUACAGAUCAGGGUUGGGUUAUAAAAAUAUAUCUGAAACUUUGAACAUCCCACCGAGCACCAUUAAAUCCAUUAUUAAAAAAUGGAAAGAAUAUGGCACCACAACAAACCUGCCGAGAGAGGGCCGCCCACCAAAACUCACAGACCAGGCAAGGAGGGCAUUAAUCAGAGAGGCAACAAAGAGACCAAAGAUAACCCUGAAGGAGCUGCAAAGCUCCACAGCGGAGAUUGGAGUAUCUGUCCAUAGGACCACUUUAAGCCGUACACUCCACAGAGCUGGGCUUUACAGGAAUAGGCUUUGUCGUGCCCUCUUCACGACUGUCUUGGUGUGUUUGGACACCAAGGAACUUUAGCUCUCAACCUGUUCCACUACAGCCCCGUCGAUGAGUAUAGCUGUAGCCAACAAAAAAAAGUUGGCCACUCCUUCAGUGACAUGAAGUCCUCCCAGCAGCUAGCUAGCUAACGUUAGGCUGCAUGUCUUUAGCUUGCUAAAUAAAUUAACUGAAACAGUGCAUCCCGAUUGGGUGGCGGCAGCAAACAAUGUACCAGGCCAGCUCUGAUUUCACAACUGAUAUCAAUAUUUUCUGGUGGGACUACCAAGAAAUGUAUUGGUGAAUUAUUAUAUUAAUCAUGCAUUUAACUGCAUCCAUCUAUUCUGACAAAAAUGCCUCACUGUGCAUCAUGGUAUUUUGAGUCAAAUAUAACCUAUUUUUACAAUCUCUUUUAUUAAGUUGGUUUUGAAGCAUAGACUGGGAAUUUGAUAUUUUUGACUGAUAUUAUGAUUGUCUGUUUGUUUCAUAUCGGCAAAGUAGUUAAAAUGCCUGUCAGUUCCACUUUAACUUAACUGCUUGAUUAUAUUUUUCAACAUGUACUGUAACAUCAAUGAGAGGAAAAUAACUGGAGAUCACAAAUCAGUAUGUUUGUUGUGAUAUCAUGCAAAUUAUGCUUAAUAGUAGUUUAGUAUUUCUACUUGCUGCAAACUAUGCUUUGGUGACUUGAUUACAAAAAACUUAUUUCAAAGUCUUUUUAGUGACUGUCUCUUGCAUGUCCUGGAUUUCAGGUCUCCCAGCAGACACCUUGCAAGGACACCGUGAUCGUUUUCAUGACCAGUUCCACAGGUAAGUCACCCAGGGCCUCAGGCUGUUAUUAAAUGAGGGCGUUAGGGAAGAAAAGGAGGGAGGGAGGGAGCCUCGGAAAGUGAAAAAGGGUUGAAUCUGAACAGUGGACCAGGUGACAUGUUAAUGUUAUCGACCUGCACAACGAUCAGCCCAGAAAGAUGGCAGAGAGGAAGCUUGAUGUGUUAGUGCCUCUGGAUAGUGGGUACCUUGGAAUACUAAGAUGACCAACUAAUUUCUCUUCAGAUCAAUGAAGUGUAUUCUAUUGCAUUCUGUCCUAUACACAUAUAUGAAACAAUACAGUUUAGAAAAUGUUAUAUUCUUGUUUUGGAGGCAUCAUUCAGAUCAGUGGUUGAAAUAUUGUGCCUUGCCUUACAGCCUCAAGACCUUCUUCAACAAAGCCAGAGACAUGUUGUACUUCAAGAGACUCAUCCAGAUCCCCAAGCUGCCAGAAGUGAGAGCAUAGACAGACAUAGUAGGGGAAAGAUACUGUAUUGGGACGCAACCACACUUCCUAGAUAAUGUAUCCAUCUGUGUUUACAGUCCUCUGUCUUAUUUGUGUGUGUUCAUCCCCAGUCCCCUCCUAACUUCCUGCACGCGGCCUCCCUGGCCAAGCAUGCGAGGCCGGUGGUGGUCAUCCCAGACGAGGAUGAGCCCGAGCAGCAGGAUGAUGACGACGAUGAUGACCCUGAACCGCUUAUCAAUGUCAGCGAUGUCACCAUGCCCAGCAUGAUGGUGCCACAGGUACGACUCAUGGGUCACAAGGUCAUGAUCUCCGAGGUUACAGCUAUGGCCCCUUGGAUAUGCAUGUCUUAAUAAUAAAGGUAUCACUAAUUUGGGCUAUAGAUUGUAUAAACAUUAAUGCGUCUUUGACUUUUCUUUUAGCGGUUUGACAUUUUUGAUCAGACCUUCGGACCCGCCAAUGGUGGUUUUGAUGACAGGUUAGUCAUUGUCAUUUUUUUAGCAUUUGUUGUGCUUGAAAAUAAAUGGUAUGUAAACUGAGGUGCGUUCAACAAGGGAAAUGGUUAGCUAACAUAUUUGUUUUGUGUUAGCCGCGACCAUUCGCUAACGUUAGCGGAAGUCUGAGAAAGUAGUGUGUGGCGAACGUAAGUGUCUGUUUCGGGUCUUAACUGCCACUACAGAUAAUAAUGUGGCCAUGUAGGCUUUCCAUUACAUGUAGUAGGAAUAGCAAAGUAAUUUGCAGUUUGAUUAUUGCCACCAAAAUCCACGGUAAUCCUUACAAAAAGUAGCUGUUUGAUGUUUCACCGUAACAUUUUGGAAAGUUCAUUCAAAUUAUUCAUCUGAAAUUGUUACUAAGUAACAUGUUUGCUGCAAACAGAACCCUUGUAGAACUCCCCUGGUGAUUUUUUUUAAAACAGACAUAUGUUCGGGUAUUUUCUUGUGAGUGUGCCAGUGUGUAUGUAUGCUAACGGUUAGUGACUAUGUCUUCUGGUCUACAGGAAUAUCCAAAUUGAGAACCUCCAGCAGGACUUGGAGUUAUUGAGGGCAGAUCUGGAAAGGGUCAAGGGAGAGGUUAGUAGACAUGAGUUUUAACUCUUUUAAAAAUAUUUUACAGUUGCUGUACACAUUUGUUGAUUAAAUGCUUGUCAUAACUAGUCGCAAUAAUAAAUUACCUGACGAAGAGCCAUGUUGGAUCGAAACAUUGUCAAUAAAGGUGGUAAAUUGGGAGCAUAUUCAGUCUUUAGCCCAGCACCUAUGUUUUUUUAAGGAUGUGCGUAUGACCACAAACAUUUCUAUUGUUCCUCUUUGUAAUAAUACUACACUGAACAAAAAUAUAAAAGCAACAUGUGAAUUGUUGGUCCAAUGUUUCAUGAGCUGAAAUAAAAUAUCCCAGAAAUGUUCCAUAUGCAUAAAAAGCUUAUUUUUAUCAGAUGUUAUGCACAAAUUGUUUACAUCCCUGUUAGUGAGCAUUUCUCCUUUGCCAAGAUAAUUCAUCCACCUGACAGGUGUGGCAAAUCAAGAAACGGAUUAAACGGCAUGAUCAUUACACAGGUGCACCUUGUGCUGGGGACAAUAAAAGGCCACAAAUGUGCCGUUUUCUCACAAAACACAAUGCCACAGAUGUCUCAAGUUUUGCGGGAGCGUACAACUGGCAUGCUGACUGCAGGAAUGUCCGCCAGAGCUGCUGCCAGAGAAUUUAAUGUUCAUUUCUCUACCAUAAGCCACGUCCAACGUUAUUUUAGAGAAUUUGGCAGUGCGUCAGACCACGUGUAACCACGUCAGCCCAUGACGUCCACAUCUGGCUUCUUCACCUGCGGGAUCGUCUGAGACCAGCCACCCGGGCAGCUGAUGAAACUGUGGGUUUGCACAUCCGAAGAUGUGCUCUUCACGGAUUAAUCCUGGUUUCAACUGUACCGGGCAGAUGGCAGACAGCGUGUAUGGUGUUGUGUGGGCCAGAUGGCAGAGAGCGUAUGGGGUCGUGCGUGCCAGCGGUUUGCUGAUGUCAACAUUGUUCAGAGUGCACCAUGGUGGCGGCGGGGUUGUGGUAUGGGCAGGCGUAAGCUACGGACAACGAACACAAUUGCGUUUUAAUCGAUGGCAAUUUUGAAUGCGCAGAUAUACCGUGACGAGCUCUUGAGGCCCAUUGUCAUGCCAUUAAUCCGCCGCCAUCACCUCAUGUUUCAGCAUGAUAAUGCACGGCCCCAUGUUGCAAGGAUCUGUACACAAUUCCUGGAAGCUGAAGAUGUCCCAGUUGUUCCAUGGCCUGCAUACUCACCAGAUAUGUCACCCAUUGAGCAUGUUUGGGAUGCUCUGGAUCGACGUGUACGUCAGCGUGUUCCAGUUCCCGACAAUAUCCAGCAACUUUGCACAGCCAUUGAAGAGGAGUGGGACAACAUUCGAGAGGCCACAAUCAACAGCCUGAUCAACUCUAUGCGAAGGAGAUGUCGCGCUGCUUGAGGCAAAUGGUGGUCACACCAGAUACUGACUGGUUUUCUAAACCACACCCCUACUUUUUUUUUUUUUAAGGUAUCUGUGACCAACAGAUGCAUAUCUGUAUUCCCAGUUAUUUGAAAUCCAUAGAUUAGGGCCUAAUGAAUUUAUUUAAAUUGACUGAUUUCCUUAUGAACUGUAACUCAGUAAAAUCGUUUAAAUUGUUGCAUGUUGCGUUUAUAUUUUUGUUCAGUAUAUUUAAAUGUUAAUUAUGCUUGUUAACAAUGUAUAACAAAGUUGUGACAGUGGUGGACAUUGUUUAUGUGUAAAGGGGAAAGGAAUUUAUGUAAUGUGUUAGGUGGAUGCAAAGACUGACCUUGACAUGUGGAAUGUGGCAGCUAGUCUCAGAAUGGGAAAUUAUGUCUGUCUGUGGUCAGAGAAGGCCAGAAGGUGUGCCUGGGGGAGAUAUACAUUUACCGUUGACCCUGGUUUCUGCACAUGGCUGGCUCCUUAUGUUGCCUGUUUCACUACUCAGCAUUUGUAUAUUUUUAGGUUACAGUAGUUAACUAUGAUGCUAUUACUUUUAAUUGUGAUAUUGAAUCAAUCCAUCCUAACCCAACAUUGAAACAUUUCAGAAUUUUUUUGUACCACUCAACACUCUUGUUUCCCCUAUCUGAGGCUCUCAUCCACUAGUGCCAUGUGAUGGUGUCCUGUGGUGGUACUUGAUAAUCUAUCCAGGGGAGGUUUACUAUGGUGACUGACUGUCUGCUUGCCUGCUCCCUCCUCCUGCAGGCCCAGCGCUACGUCACGCAGCUCAAAUCCCAGAUUAACAGUCUUGAGGCGGAGCUGGAGGAGCAACGGGUGCAGAAACAGCACGCCCUGGUGGAGAAUGAACAGCUGCGCAUGGAGCUGGAGGCCACGCGGCGCCGCAACGCUGAACAUGAGAGCGUGCAGGCCACCUUCGGAGAGGCAGAGAGUAAGAGGCCACUCACUAAGUCUGGCAUACACGUUCAGUCACACUGUCUUGAACACGCAUACUGACAUCUCUCUUUCUUGUCUCUGACCCCCUCUGUACUGUCCAGCAAGAGCCCAGGCCACAGAGCAGCGCUACACCAAGCUGAAGGAGAAGCACACUGAGCUGGUGUCCAGCCAUGCUGAACUGCUCAGGAAGGUACAGAACCUCACUUACCUCUGUUGUCAUUCUGUGGUUUUCUCUUUGGUUGAUUGGGUACAUAAGUGCAUAAGUAACGACUUGUAGACUCACCUGAGCACUAUUUGUCUGUCUAAUGUUAAUAGUAUGUUUGACAAAGUGUGCAUGUGAUAUUUUGCUGGCAGAGUGCAGACACAGUGAAGAUGCUGUCGGCAACACAGCAGACCCAGGAAGAGGUGGUGAGGACCAAGCAGCAGCUUGCUUUCGAGGUGGAGCGCAUCAAACUGGACGCUGACAUGAAGGUUACUGUUAUUCUGAGUAUUGGCAAUAGUGAUCCAGUACCGUUAAUGUUAUAUUUCAGUACUGUAUUAGCCAUUUAUCAAAAUGACUGAAUAUUAUUUCUUAUUGUUUUAGCUUGAGGAGCAGAAGUUUGAGAUGAAGAAGCUUAAAAGGGAUUUUGAGGAGAAGAGGGCUGAGGUGGAACAUGUCAAUGGCACUCUGCAGCACAACGAGAAGGUGUGUGUGCUGAUGUAGUAAAUAUUGAAUAAAGAAAGUGGAUUCCCUCGCCUAUGUAAUGGCAUAGGUGACUCAUCUGAUUCACCCUCAUACAAAAUAAUUGCCCCACUUUCCUCUCAUGUAAAUCAUAAUUAGCUGAAAAGCCCAUAGGAACCUGCACUGUGUGUGAGUGAGGAAAUGAGUGUAAUAACAUAUGAAAGUCUCACAAACAUCAGAAAAGGCUUUUCCUCACAAAAGUUAAUGUACCUAUUGUUAUGUGAUCUCCCUCUUUCUGUCUCUUCUCUCCAUCACUCCCUCUCUCCUCCCUCUCUCUCCUCCCUCAAUCACUCCCUCUCUCCUCUCUCCAUCACUCCCUCUCCUCCCUCCCUCCUACCUCCCCCUCCCUCCUCCUCCCUCCACGUCUCCUCCUCCCUCCCUCUCCUCCUCAACCUCGCUCUCCUCCUCAUCCUCCUCCCGUCCCUCCCUUCCCCUCCCUCUCUCCCUCCCCCUCCACUCUCCCUCCUCUCCUCCCCUCAUCCUCGUCCCCUCCUCAUCCCUCCCCUUCCCCUCCUCAUCCACCGCUCCCUCUCCUCCUCCCUCGCUCUCCUCCCUCCAUCCCCCACUCCCUCUCUCCUCCCUCGCUCUCCUCCAUCACUCCCUCUCCUCCCUCGCUCUCCUCCCUCCAUCACUCCCUCUCUUCUCCCUCGCUCUCCUCCCUCCAUCAUUCCCUCUCUCCUCCCUCGCUCUCCUCCCUCCAUAAUUCCCUCUCUCCUCCCUCCAUCACCCUCUCUCCCAGGUGGGGGAACAGCUGACCAGCUCCAUGUUGGCGCUGCAGGCGGAGAAAGAGCGCCUGAUGCGCUCUGCGAGUGAGAAGGAGGUCGAGCUGUCAUUCCUGAGCCAGGCUGCACAGCUGCAGCAGUCUACUCUGCAGCAGGAGAGAGAGCGGAGCACCAGGGAGAUGGGAGAGCUGCAGGGCAAGCUGCAGGAGAAGGUAAGUCAGGACAGCACAGAGCAGUGACUAGUUCAGUCCGCUACGUUGUCAUGGCUAUAUCAUUUGCUGAUAGCUGAAGAGAAAAUAGACAUGUAAAAGCUCCACCGCUGGUCAAAUCCCCCGUUACUCAGACUGUGCAUUGCAAAGUGACAGGUUUUCUUGAGUCAGUUAACUAUUUGGCUGUCUGUGCACAAUAUAAGAUAAACCAUUAGUAUGUCUGUGCCAUCUAUUUUUCCCUGUGACUGUGUAUGACUGUGUCUCGUUGCAUCUUUGCAGUCUAGACGUGAGGUGCAGUUGCAGCAGAAGCUGCUGGAUGAGCAGUUCUCCCUGCUGCAGGGAACGGUCUCUGAGGCUGAGAGCAUCAUCCAGGACGCUGUGGCCAAGCUGGACGACCCCCUGCACAUCCGCUGCACCAGCUCCCCAGGUUAAAAUAAGUGAACAGGCUCACAGAGAGGGUGCUUAGGGAUCCUUAGCUAGUAGUGGUGUUCAUGUCACUUAAAAUAGAAAGUGAGAGAUCCAUUCAGUUAUCUCAGUUUAUAUCUACUCAUCCAGUAUAUUUACUCAUCAUUCCAUUGAUUAUUUUUGGAUCUAGAAAAAUAAUGCAUUUCAAACUUUUCCUUUGUCUCUCCACCACCACAGAUUACCUGGUCAGUCGGGCAGAGGCCACUUUGGGCUCCAUUGAUAAAUUGAAAAAAGGUCACUCGGACUACCUGACGAACAUGGGAGGUGAGUUGCUCAUUACUCGGUACUCAGUGUUUUUGAUAUACUGUAGUAGUCUUUAGUAGUCUUUGAGCAACCACAGUGAUAGUCAUGAGUGACAGAGCUGGGCUGUGUUGGAAUUGGCAGUGAUACCUUCUCUCUCUCCUCUGUGGUCGUGUUUCUGUUUUCUAGAUGCUGGUGGGCUGCUGAGGGCCCUGACCCACUUCUCCCACCUGGCUGCUGACACCAUAAUCAACGGGAGUGCCACAGCACACUUGGCUCCCACCGACCACUCUGACCGUAAGAACAUUCUUCUCUUGAAAUAGAAUGGAUUACUGUUUGAAACAGAAAUCUUGUUGUAUCUUACUGGGAUUUUACUGGAUGAGAUAUUGAAUCCAUUUGGUAUGUGAUUACAGUGUCACAGAGUGUGUAUCUUGCACUUUUGCACUCUGCAGGUCUGACAGAGAAUUGCAGGGGCUGUGCCACUCAGAGUCUGCAGUUCCUGAAGGAUCUCAAGUCCAAGGCCUCCCUUCAGAGGGCAGACCCGGCCUCCAUUCGCAUAGUGGUCCAAAAGAUCCUGAGGCUGGGGGAGGUGAGGGGCUACUGGGCAGUCUUCUCCAUUUCUCUCUUCUUUUCCUACUUCUUAAUCUCAUCUCCUCUUCCAAUGUUUAGGAGCUGCGACCUAAAGGCAUGGAUGUGCGACAGGAUGAGUUGGGAGAUCUGGUGGACAAGGAGAUGGCAACCACGUCAGCAGCCAUUGAGGAGGCAGUGCGCAGAAUCGAUGUGAGGAUUACAACCAUAUAGACUCUAGAGCACCGUACUGUAGCGAGGCAUGCCACAUAAAGCUCAACCCUAUGUUUUACUAUGUGGGUAAGUAAUUCUGUAUCUAGACAUCUCUCAUUUGCCAUCUUUCUGUAUCUAAAGGAAAUGAUGAACCAGGCCCGAAUGGACACCUCGGGGGUCAAACUCGAGGUCAAUGAGAGGUCAGUAGUAGAUGUGUGACUUACACUGUUUAUGCAUUCCUCCCCUUUAACUCACCAUGAUAUUACUCCUUGUUUCAUAGAAUCCUCUACAGCUGCACAGACCUGAUGAAGGUAAAAUGACUGGCCUUGUACUUCAUGUUUCGAUUGACUUACACAAAAGGUCUGAUCGACAUCCUAAUAAUGCAGCAUUUAUUUAUAGAUUGUUUUAUUUAAUUUUUUUGCAUUCCCUCCUAUACCCUCCUUUCCUCUAUCCCACUCUGUCUAUCAGGCUAUCCACCUGCUGGUCCUGACAUCCACCGACCUACAGAAGGAGAUUGUUGAGGGCGGAAGGGUGAGUCUUGACAUAUAGAAUUAUUAAAUUUAAUGUUGGAAAAUGUUGUACUGUAAAUCCAUCCUAUCAUUAGCUGAAAGAUGAACGUCCUGACCACUGUUGGACUUGAUGUUCUCUCUCUAGGGUGCAGCCACUAUUAAGGAAUUCUACGCCAGGAACUCCCGUUGGACUGAGGGACUCAUCUCUGCCUCCAAAGCUGUGGGAUGGGGAGCCACACAGAUGGUGUAAGUGCAUUAUCAUGAGGGUCGUCUCAGCUUGUUAUCCUAGUGUGGUUAUUGUGUGUGAUACAGAAAUGUCACAUGUUAGAGGAUGGGGAUGAUGAUGUGAUGUUUGCUUGGUUUCUCCCACAGUGAGUCUGCUGAUAAGGUGGUGCUGCACACUGGCAAAUAUGAGGAGCUCAUCGUCUGCUCCCACGAGAUCGCUGCCAGCACGGCACAGCUGGUCGCAUCCUCAAAGGUGAGAAACAACACUCAGUGCUCCCUUUCCCCUUACCAAUCUCUGUUUAUUUUCCUCUAUCCCUCAUACAGUGGGGGAAAAAAGUAUUUAGUCAGCCACCAAUUGUGCAAGUUCUCCCACUUAAAAAUAUGAGAGAGGCCUGUAAUUUUCAUCAUAGGUACACGUCAACUAUGACAGACAAAUUGAGAUUUUUUUUCUUCAGAAAAUCACAUUGUAGGAUUUUUAAUGAAUUUAUUUGCAAAUUAUGGUGGAAAAUAAGUAUUUGGUCAAUAACAAAAGUUUCUCAAUACUUUGUUAUAUACCCUUUGUUGGCAAUGACACAGGUCAAACGUUUUCUGUAAGUCUUCACAAGGUUUUCACACACUGUUGCUGGUAUUUUGGCCCAUUCCUCCAUGCAGAUCUCCUCUAGAGCAGUGAUGUUUUGGGGCUGUCACUGGGCAACACGGACUUUCAACUCCCUCCAAAGAUUUUCUAUGGGGUUGAGAUCUGGAGACUGGCUAGGCCACUCCAGGACCUUGAAAUGCUUCUUACGAAGCCACUCCUUCGUUGCCCGGGCGGUGUGUUUGGGAUCAUUGUCAUGCUGAAAGACCCAGCCACGUUUCAUCUUCAAAGCCCUUGCUGAUGGAAGGAGGUUUUCACUCAAAAUCUCACGAUACAUGGCCCCAUUCAUUCUUUCCUUUACACGGAUCAGUCGUCCUGGUCCCUUUGCAGAAAAACAGCCCCAAAGCAUGAUGUUUCCACCCCCAUGCUUCACAGUAGGUAUGGUGUUCUUUGGAUGCAACUCAGCAUUCUUUGUCCUCCAAACACGACGAGUUGAGUUUUUACCAAAAAGUUCUAUUUUGGUUUCAUCUGACCAUAUGACAUUCUCCCAAUCAUCUUCUGGAUCAUCCAAAUGCACUCUAGCAAACUUCAGACGGGCCUGGACAUGUACUGGCUUAAGCAGGGGGACACGUCUGGCACUGCAGGAUUUGAGUCCAUGGCGGCGUAGUGUGUUACUGAUGGUAGGCUUUGUUACUUUGGUCCCAGCUCUCUGCAGGUCAUUCACUAGGUCCCCCUGUGUGGUUCUGGGAUUUUUGCUCACCGUUCUUGUGAUCAUUUUGACCCCACGGGGUGAGAUCUUGCGUGGAGCCCCAGAUCGAGGGAGAUUAUCAGUGGUCUUGUAUGUCUUCCAUUUCCUAAUAAAUGCUCCCACAGUUGAUUUCUUCAAACCAAGCUGCUUACCUAUUGCAGAUUCAGUCUUCCCAGCCUGGUGCAGGUCUACAAUUUUGUUUCUGGUGUCCUUUGACAGCUCUUUGGUCUUGGCCAUAGUGGAGUUUGGAGUAUGACUGUUUGAGGUUGUGGACAGGUGUCUUUUAUACUGAUAACAAGUUCAAACAGGUGCCAUUAAUACAGGUAACGAGUGGAGGACAGAGGAGCCUCUUAAAGAAGAAGUUACAGGUCUGUGAGAGCCAGAAAUCUUGCUUGUUUGUAGGUGACCAAAUACUUAUUUUCCACCAUAAUUUGCAAAUAAAUUCAUUAAAAAUCCUACAAUGUGAUUUUCUGAAGAAAAAAAAUCUCAAUUUGUCUGUCAUAGUUGACGUGUACCUAUGAUGAAAAUUACAGGCCUCUCUCAUAUUUUUAAGUGGGAGAACUUGCACAAUUGGUGGCUGACUAAAUACUUUUUUUCCCUCAGGGUUCCAUUUUAGCUCCUGUGUUGUUGUUAAUUUUUAUUAAUGACUUGGAAAAUGGGCUGCAACCAGACAAGUUCCAUCAGUAUGCAGAUGACACGGUCAUCUAUUAAAAAGAUCCUUCUCUGGUUCAUGCUGUUGAAGAGUUCCAGACUGCCUUUCAGUCACUGCAGACCUCCCUAUAUGGUCUCAAACUGGUCUUGAAUGCACAAGAAACGAAAUUCAUGACCUUUGCCAGAGCUCGCUCUCAGCUAGAGAAGGUUAGCAUUUUCACAUCUGGAGGCACAUCCAUUGAAAAAGUGUAAUCCUACAAAUACCUAGGUAUAUGGUUGGACGACAAACUGUCCUUCAAAAUUCAUAUGCAUUAUCUUGUGAGGAAGAUGAAACUGAAAUUGGUUUUUUAUUUACGUAAUAAGGCUUGCUUCCCAUUCGAGGCUAGAAAGAAGCUUGUUCAAGCCACUUUUCUUUCUGUAAUUGUUUAUGGUGAAUUUUUGUAUAUAUGCAUGCAGCAUCUUCUGUGUUACAGAGACUUGACCCUGUUUAUAAUGCAUCUUUACGCUUUGUUACAAAUGCUAAGUCACUCACCCACCAUUGCACCUUGUACCAAAUGGUGGGAUGGACCUCGCGUAAUAUGCGCAGACAGCUACAUUGGUUCAUUUACAAAGCCAUUCUGGGUAAACUCCCUCUCUACAUCUGUAGCCUACCAACCUUUACCACUAACAGUUAACAGGCGCAAUCUACUAGGUGGUUGCUACUUAAUGCACCAGAGGCAUAGAAUAGUCUACAAUCAAUGCGUCACCUAGAUGUAUUAGUGUCCCUCAAUGAGUUUAAAACUCUGAUGCAAGACUCUGUUCAGGAGGAGUGUAAAUGUUUCCUGUAGGAUGGCUCGUGUUGUUGUUGUGCUUAUUGUAUUUUAUUUUUAUUUUGUAAUGUUGUAUUGACUGCCAGGUCUCCCUUGCAAAAGAGUCUGUCUCAGUGGGCUUUUCCUGGUUAAAUAAUAAGAACAAUAUACAGUACCAGUCAAAAGUUUGGACACACCUACUCAUUCAAGUUUUUUAUUUUAUUGUAUUUUUUACUAUUUUUUACAUUGUAGAAUAAUAUUGAAGACAUCAAAACUAUGAAAUAACACAUGGAAUCAUGUAGUAACCAAAAAGGUGUUAAACAAAUCAAAAUAUAUUUUAUAUUUGAGAUUCAGAAAAUAGCCACCCUUUGCCUUGAUGACAGCUUUGCACACUCUUGGCAUUCUCUCAACCAGCUUCAUGAGGUAGUCACCUGGAAUGCAUUUCAAUUAACAGGUGUGCCUUGUUAAAAGUUAAUUUGUGGAAUUUCUUUCCUUCUUAAUGUGUUUGACCCAAUCAGUUGUGUUUUGACAAGGUAGAGGGGGGAAUACAGAAGAUAGCCCUAUUUCGUAAAAGACCAAGUCCAUAUUAUGGCAAGAACAGCUCAAAUAAGCAAAGAGAAACGACAGUCCAUCAUUACUUUAAGACAUGAAGGUCAGUCAAUAUGGGAAAGUUCAAGAACUUUGAACGUUUCUUCAAAUGCAGUCGCAAAAACCAUCAAGCGCUACGAUGAAACUGCCUCUCAUGAGGACCGCCACAGGAAUGGAAGACCCAGAGUUACCUCUGCUGCAGAGGAUAAGUUCAUUAGAGUUACCAGCCUCAGAAAUUGCAGCCCAAAUAAAUGCUUCACAGAGUUCAAGUCACAGACACAUCUCAACAUCAACUGUUCGGAGGGGACUGUGUGAAUCCGGCCUUCAUGGUCGAAUUGCUGCAAAGAAACCACUACUAAAGGACACCAAUAAGAAGAAGAGACCUGCUUGGGCCAAGAAACACGAGCAAUGGACAUUAGACCGGUGGAAAUGUGUCCUUUGGUCUGGAGUCCAAAUGUGAGAUUUUUGGUUCCAACCGCUGUGUCUUUGUGAGACGUGGUGUGGGUGAACGGAUGAUCUCCGCGUGUGUAGUUCCCACCGUAAAGCAUGAAGGAGGAGGUGUUAUGGUAUGGGGGUGCUUUGCUGGUGACAGUGUCUGUGAUUUUAUUUUUUAUUAUCUAUUUUACCAAGAAGGAGAGUGAUAGACUGCUGCAUCAGAUGACCUGGCCUCCACAAUCCCCCGACCUCAACCCAAUUGAGAUGGUUUGGGAUGAGUCGGACGGCAGAGUGAAGGAAAAGCAACCAACAAGUGCUCAGCAUAUGUGGGAACUCCUUCAAGACUGUUGGAAAAGCAUUCCAGGUGAAGCUGGUUGAGAGAAUGCCAAGAGUGCAAAGCUGUCGUCAAGGCAAAGGGUGGCUAUUUGAAGAAUCUCAAAUAUAAAAUAUAUUUUGAUUUGUUUAACACUUUUUUGGUUACUACAUGAUUCCAUAUGUGUUAUUUCAUAGUUUUGAUGUCUUCACUAUUAUUCUACAAUGUAGAAAAUAGUAAAAAUAAAGAAGAACCCUUGAAUGAGUAGGAGUGUCCAACCGUUUUACUGGUACUGUAUAUCAAAGCACAAUAAUGUUAUAUUUAGUUUCGUAGAAAUUGUUUACCUUCUGUAAGUUUAAGAAAUAUUGCCUUGUAAUUCUGUUACCAAAAACACACAUCUUUAAGAUAUUUUCUAAUUUCUCUCCCUCAUGAGGAAGGAGGAUAAUUAAAGUUCACAUAAGUAACAAGUAAUGGUAGACCUACCAAUUAGUUAGUAGUUUUGAUGUCUUCACUAUUAUUCUACAAUGUAAAAAAUAGUAAAAAUAAAGAAAAACCCUUGAAUGAGUAGGUGUGUCCAAACUUUUGACUGGUACUGUAUAUAUUCAAGUUGUGUCCCUAUCACUAUUUUUCUCACCCUCCCUCUCUCCUUCUCUGUGUUUAGGUAAAAGCAGACCGCAACAGUACGAAACUGACAGCUCUCCAGCAGGCUUCUCGCCAUGUGAACGAGAUGGCAGCCAACGUGGUGGCCUCCACCAAGACGGGCCAGGAGCACCUGGAGGACAAGGGUUAGUGUGUGUUUGUGUGUGUCCAACCAAACAGAAGAUGUGAAUACCCUCAGGCCGUUAUGAGUCAUAUGGCUGUGUUUGAUGUUUGUCUUUCUCUUACUUCUGCAGAUACCAUGGACUUCUCUGGAAUGUCUCUCAUCAAACUAAAAAUGGAGGAAAUUGAGUCACAGGUGAGUCCCAGGGCCUGUGUAUGUUUUUGUGUGUCUGUCUGUUUGAGCCUGUCUCUAUACAUGUGUUUCUGUGUGGUUGUAACCCUCCUCUACUGUAUGUAUGUCUCAGGUGAAGGUGUUGGAGCUGGAGAAUCAGCUGGGUAAUGAGCGUCUGCGUCUGGGAGAGCUCAGGAAGAAGCACUAUGAUAUAGCAGGUGUUCCAGCAGCAGACCUCUCAGAGGGCAACGGCCUGGCCCCCUCACCUGCCGCUGUUGCACCCUCCUCACCCAAACCCUCCAAGCCUAGUGUCAUGAUGAAACCUGCCUUGGCUCAGAAACCCAACUUACCACCUAAAAACAUGGUAAGAGACAUAAUGGCUGGAUUUGUGUUCAUGUUUAGGGUAGUACUUACUGAAAAAACUGCCACAUGAAAAAUGCUGUGCUAACUCUAAUGCUGCAUCAUUAAAAGUCAAUUAUUGUUUCAAAUAUGUGUGUUUCAGUUCAGGUAAACUGCUGCAAGCUAGAUAAGGACAUCUCCAUGGUGGAUGAUCGGGUUGAUCUGAGACAGACAGCC